AUGAAAACAAGUCGAUUGAACUUGAGAUUUGUGCUGCAGGGCUCCAAAACUGUGCAGACGCGGGAUGAGAAUGGCACCAUAAAUUCAGCCAUGAGUGACCAAGCAGCCCAGACUGGGGAAACAGAACAUUCACCUCACACACCCUCCUUGAAGUUGGCAUCCACCGAGAAACGGAGUGGAUUUUUAAAAGCCCACGAAAAAACAGGCCAACUUGACACCAUGAUGGUCCUUAGUGAAAUUCCGGUGAAACCUGCUGCUCGCACCGCUAACCCCGAGAGGCUUCACGUGCCCAAGGCGUCAUCGGCCAAAGACGUACGUACAUUUGUCUUACAAAGUGCACAUGUCCUGUGCACACACAAGUUGUACUUAUUUUACCAAUUGUCCAGAUCCAGUUCAUCCGCAGAGAUCUGA